AUGAUUUUAGAGUUGGCAGCAAUUGUAUUCGCCUUAAGGAUUUGGAGGCAUUACUUGUAUGGAGAAAAGUGCAAGAUCUACAUCGACCACAAGAGCCUUAAAUAUUUCUUCACUCAGAAUGAAUUGAACAUGCGACAAAGACGCUGGUUAGAGUUGGUAAAAGACUAUGAUUGUGACCUUAACUACCAUCUGGGUAAAGCUAAUGUAGUUGCAGACACAUUGAGUAGGAAGACAGUGGUGGUAGCUCAAUUGUUAGUACAAGAACCCCUUCAGAUGGAAAUCCAGAAUUUCGGCCUUGAAUUUUAUGCCAAGGGUAGUGCCCCUAAGUUAUCUACGCUGAGAGUGCAGUCCACUUUAAAGGAUUGUAUUCGGGAGGGCCAACCUGCCGAUGAGCAGUUACAGAAGUGGAGAAAGAAGGAUGAGUCGAAGGGUAUGAAGCGCGACAUUAGGUGUUAUGUAUCUGAACAUUUAACAUGUCAGCUGGUUAAGGCAAAGCACCAAAGACCCGCGGGGACAGUGAAGGGCUUCAAUGCCAUCUGGGUAAUAGUGGAUCGCCUCACUAAGUCAGCGCACUUUCUUCUGGUGAAGACGACCUUCUCUAUGAUACAGGAUCCAAAGUUUACAUCAUCUUUCUGGAAGCGUUUGCAUACAACAAUGGGGACAAAGUUGCUAUUUAGUACAACCUUCCAUCCUCAGAUCGAUGGUCAGUCAGAGAGAGUGAUCCAGGUUCUAGAGGACUUACUGCAGGCUUGUAUGGCUCCUUAUGAAGCAUUAUACGAAAGAAAGUGUAGAUCACCCAUCUACUGGGAUGAGAUCGGAGAAAGGGCGGAAAUAGGGCCAGAAAUUGUUCAACGGACCACUGAGUUGGUAGUUAAAAUUCAUGAUAGGAUGAGAACUGCUCAAAGUUGA